ACCAAUCUCACAAAUAUUCAAACAAGAACAUAAGAAAGGAGAAAAAAAUAAUAAUAAAUGGUAUUCCACAAAGAACACCUUGAUAUUUUCUUGGUGCCUAGUGGAUUGUUCAUCUUGUUUGUUUACCAUCUCUUUCUUCUCCAAAGAUAUAUCAAGAAUCCUCAUACUACUGUCUUUGGAUUUGAGAACAAUGAUAAAAUUGCUUGGAUUCAAAAAUUUAUGCAGACCGAAAACCGAGAUGUUAUGACAGCCUUAUAUGUUCUAUCAGCAAAUAAUUCAGGAGCAACAUUCUUAGCAACUGUGUGUUUAACUUUGAGCUCUCUAAUUGGAGCAUGGAUGGCAAAUACUUCAACUAUUUUUAGUAGUGAAUUGAUAUAUGGUGACACAAGGGCAUCUACUUUGUCAAUUAAGUACAUAAGUCUUCUUUUAUGUUUUUUGGUUGCAUUUUCAUGUUUUGUUCAAUCAUCAAGAUGUUUCAUCCAUGCAAAUUACCUAAUUAGUAUACCAAAUAGUGAAGUUUCUUCAAGCUAUGUGGAGUUGGCUGUGAUUAGGGGAGGUGAUUUUUGGUCUAUUGGGCUUAGAGCUCUUUAUUUUGCUAUAACUUUGUUGUUAUGGUUUUUUGGUCCAAUUCCAAUGUUUGUUACUUCAAUUGGGAUGGUUUUUCUUCUUAAUUAUCUUGAUACCAACAAGAGCCCAUUGGUGCAACAUCAUUCUUCUAGCAAGUUUAGAGGAAAUCAUGUUAUUUGUCAAGGGAAUUAGUUAAAAAUUGAAUUUUGUAACUUUGAGAUGUAAUAAAAGCAAAAAAAGAUCUCCUUUACCUAUUACUCCCUACAUUACAAUUUGUUUAUCUUGUUUUGACUUGACACUGAGUUUCAAAAAGUAGAAAAGACUUUUGAAUCUGGUGGUUUUAAACUAAAGAUAUAUAAAAUGUAUCAAAAUGUCAUUUAAUUUUGUGGUCUUAAACACGUUACGUGGAAAGUUAUAAUCAAAAAGUUGUCCAAAAAAAAACAUUCUUUUUUUGAAGGAAAGUUAUUUAUAAUGUUUGACUAAGAUAGUCCAUUAACUGGUUUCAGCCCAUUGUCUAUAAGAAAGGGAAAGGAAAAAUUCAGAAGAUUAGCUUUGGGAGGGAAAUUAUUGAGCCCAAAUUACACCCAUUAGUCCUUCAGAUCCAUUUAUAUCAUGUGUAUAUCUCUUUAUAUUCAGUGAUACACUAGACCUAUAAAUAAUAUAUACCCGAAAUACAAAUACAAAUAACUUAUUUAUAAAUUGGGAUUCAGAAAAUAUCAUUGUUCUUCUUUCUUUUCGAGUUUUGUUAUGAAUUUCUAAUCAAAACUAAUUCUAAAAUUCACACCACUCCAUCAAAAUUUACAUAUAAUCUCUAAUGAAUAUUACCAAUCGUUUGCAAUAACACUCAAUUCAAACAAAUAACAAUUUCGCCAAACUUUUUAUGAUUGUCAAUAUAGUUUACAAUUUUGUAAUUGUUUCUUAUAGUCAUUAUUAAAUUAUGGGUGAAUUGUGAUUACUUAGUUUGAUAAA